CACAGCUCUUGUGUAGGCCAAGAAAGUAGAGAUUCCUUAGCCCUUUACUGUGUCCAGUAAUGCCGCCCAUGGCCAGGAGUGCCUGAGACCUUUGGCUCUAAAGACUUGACAGCGAGCUACACCAGGAACUCAGCAUGAAGUCAAGGAUUCACUUUCCCAAGAUACACAAGGUGAUGCUCUGCAGACUGCGGACCCACCAGUGGUGCUUCCUUCUCUUUAAUGUCAUACUAUUUCAUGCCCUGCUUUUUGGAGCGGACUUUGUGGAAGAAUACUUUCUGCAUUCUUUGCCUCAUGUAGAUAUGAAAGUUCUUGAAAUUAAGGAUAAGGCGAGAAAAUUGAACAUGGAACCCCUAAGAAGUAAUCCCUCAAAAUACUAUGUCCUGAGCCAGUCAGAGGUGUGUGAUGAGAAGAACAUUUUUUUGCUCUGUCUCAUCUCCAGUAGUCCAGGAAAUAGAACAAGACGGAACCUCAUCAGGAAAACCUGGGGUAAUGUGACCAGUGUCCAGGGGCAUCCUAUUCUCAUACUAUUCACUUUGGGAAUGCCUGUUUUGGUAACUAUCCAGAAAGAGAUAGACAAAGAGUCUUAUAAGAAUAAUGAUAUAAUUGAAGGAAUCUUCUUGGACAGUACUGAGAACCAAACCCUGAAGAUCAUCACAAUGACCCAGUGGGCUGUGACUUUUUGCCCUAAUGCCCUGUUCAUUCUCAAGGCCAAUGAAGAUAUGUUUAUUAAUCUACCAAGCAUUGUAGACUAUCUCCUCCAUCUGAAAGACCACCUCGAAAAUGUCUAUGUAGGAAAAGUUAUCCAUCAGGAUAUACCCAACAGAGACCCCCACAGCCCAGGGUUUGUCCCUUUUAGUGAGUAUCCAGAAAAAUACUACCCCGAUUACUGCAGUGGCGAGGCCUUUAUAAUUUCCCAAGCUGUGGCUAAGAUGAUGUAUGUAGCUUUCAGGGAUGCACCUAUUAUGGUACCUGCUGAUGCGUUUGUAGGAAUCUGUGCUAAGUCCAUUGGUCUUAUACCCAUCCAUAGUUCGAGGUUUUCUGGGAAAAGACACAUUAGAUAUAACAGAUGUUGCUAUAAGUUCAUUUUUACAUCCUCAGAAAACACAGAUGCUGCAGUCUCCCUGGCAUGGAAGGAAAUUAAUAAUGGGAAAGAAUGUUCACUGUUUGAGACUUACUAUGGGCUCAUUUCCUGCAAGCUUCUAACAUACCUUGAUGAUAGCUUUGAACAGUUUCAUAUAGGGACCAAAAAAAACAGUGUUAUGUAUUUUGGUGAUUAA